AUGAAGGAGGAGGCCUUCCUCAGGCGCCGCUUCUCGCUCUGCCCGCCCUCCUCCACCCCCCAGAAAGUCGACCCGCGGAAGCUCACCCGGAACCUGCUCGUUGGGGGAGAAAAUGAGCUCUACACCCUUGGCCCAGGGAAGGACAUGGAGCCCAAUGGACUGGUACUGCCGAGGGACGAAGGACCACCAACGCCAGGCUCUGCCACCAAGGUGCCACCGGCGGAGUACAGACUGUGCAAUGGAUCUGACAGGGAGAGUGUGUCCCCCACAGCCAAGGUCACCAAGAAGGAAACGCUCAAGGCCCAGAAGGAGAACUACCGUCAGGAGAAGAAGCGGGCCACAAGGCAGCUGUUCAGUGCGCUGACAGACCCCAGCGUGGUCAUCAUGGCGGACAGCCUGAAGAUCCGGGGGACCCUGAAGAGCUGGACGAAGCUGUGGUGUGUGCUGCGGCCGGGCGCGCUGCUUAUCUACAAGACGCCAUCGGUGGCGCAGUGGGUGGGCACGGUGCUGCUACAUUGCUGUCAGCUCAUCGAGCGCCCCACCAAGAAGGACGGCUUCUGCUUCAAGCUCUUCCACCCGCUGGACCAGUCCGUGUGGGCUGUGAAGGGCCCCAAAGGUGAGACUGUGGGCUCCAUCACACAGCCCCUCCCCAGCAGCUACCUGAUCUUCAGGGCUGCCUCUGAGUCAGACGGCCGCUGCUGGCUGGAUGCCCUGGAGCUGGCCGUGCGCUGCUCCAGCCUCCUGCGGCUCAGUGCCUGCAGGCAGGGCUCCGAUGGAGAGCCGGGGUCCUCGCCGGACACGUACCCCUCUUCGCUGUACAGACUGCCCGGCUCGGCUGAUGUCCAUGCUGACCAGGACCUGUUCCCACUGAAUGGGCCGUCACUGGCUAACCACCUGGAGAAUGACGCCUUUUCAGACAAGUCAGAGAAGGACAACGCCGAAGAGUCAGACGACGAGACACAGGACCACAGCCGCAAGACCCCAGAGAGUGGCAGUGACCGCUCAGAGCCACAGGGCAGCCCGGUGCGGAGGGGGACCACGUACAUGGAGCAGACCUCCGAGGAACUGGGGGAGCUCGGCGAGGCGUCCCAAGUGGAGACAGUGUCUGAGGAGAACCGCAGUCUGAUGUGGGUGCUGCUGCGGCAGCUGCGGCCGGGCAUGGACCUGUCCCGCGUGGUGCUGCCCACGUUCGUGCUGGAGCCCCGCUCCUUCCUCAGCAAGCUGUCUGACCACUACUACCAUGCCGACCUGCUCUCCAGGGCCGCACUGGAGGAAACCGCCUACAGCCGCUUCAAGCACGUGUUGCGCUGGUACCUGUCUGGUUUCUACAAGAAGCCCAAGGGGAUCAAGAAGCCCUACAACCCCGUGCUCGGGGAGACCUUCCGCUGCCGCUGGUUCCACCCCCAGACAGACAGCCACACCUUCUACAUCGCCGAGCAGGUUUCCCACCACCCACCCGUGUCCGCCUUCCACAUCAGCAACCGCAAGGACGGCUUCUGUAUCAGUGGCAGUAUCACGGCCAAGUCCAAGUUCUAUGGGAACUCACUGUCAGCACUGCUGGAGGGCCAAGCCACGCUCACCUUUCUGAACAGAGAGGAGAAGUACACCAUCACCAUGCCGUACGCGCACUGCAAAGGAAUUCUCUAUGGCACCAUGACCAUGGAGCUGGGUGGCAAAGUGACCGUCGAGUGUGAGAAGAACCACCUCCAAGCUGAGCUGGAGUUCAAGCUCAAGCCUUUCUUCGGGGGCAGUACGAGCAUCAACCAGAUCUCGGGGAGGAUCACCGCCGGGGAGGACGUGCUGGCCAGGCUCUCCGGGCACUGGGACCGAGAAGUCUUCAUCAAGGAAGAGGGGUUUGGGAGUGCAGAGCUCUUCUGGAACCCAUCGGGGGAGGUGCGCGCCCAGAGGCUGAAGCGACACGUGGUUCCCUUGGAGGAGCAGACUGAGCUGGAGUCCGAGCGACUCUGGCUGCACGUCAGCAGGGCCAUCGGUGAGGGAGACCAGCACAAGGCCACGCAGGAGAAGUUCAUCCUGGAAGAGGCUCAGCGGGGCCGGGCCCUGGAGCGCCAGCAGACCCUCACGCCCUGGACCCCGAGGCUGUUCCGGCUGGACCCUGCCACCCAGGAAUGGCGCUACCGACAUGAGGACCACAGCCCCUGGGACCCCGUGAAGGACAUCGAGCAGUUCGAACAAGAUGGAAUUCUCCACACCCUGAGGAGGACAGCCACGGCCCACCUCACGCCCUUCCUGUGCAGCCCAGGGGCCAGGCACAAGGGGCCAGGCCCCGACCGCCGGCUCCGCAAGGCCAGCGACCAGCCGUCCGGCCACAGCCAGACCACCGAGAGCAGCGGCUCCACGCCCGAGUCCUGCCCCGAACUCUCAGACGAGGAGGAGGAGGAGAAGGACGGCCAGUCUGCUCCCGGCAUAGGGAGCCCAUGUCCACGGUGCAGGAAGGAGGCCCGACGGCUGCAGGCACUACACGAGGCUGUACUGUCCGUCCGGGAGGCCCAGCAGGAACUGCACAGGCACCUCUCGGCCAUGCUGAGCUGCACCCGUCGGGCCUCCCCUCCGUCAGCCCCCGCCGUCCUGCAGAGUCCCCGCUCCUGGGUCCUGCUCUGCGUCCUCCUGGCCUGUCAGCUGCUCAUCAACACCGUCCUCAAAUGA